AUGGCACCCGCUCGCAGGCCGCAACGCACAUCGCAGCGCAAACCGAAUAAGUCCAAGAGUUCAGUUAGAGAAUCCACAAAGCGACAGGCUUCAGCCCAGCCUGAUGAUUCGCGCGUGGAAACAGAUGUCCUUCUGGCUAUUCAGCCUAUCCACCUGAGCAAUAUUGUUCAUAGGCACAAAAACCAUGAGUACCGGAAAUACAGGCUGCGAGAUGGAGUGGAGCGGCUGUGGCUGUAUGAGACACAGGGAUCGCGAGAAGAUAAGGGCCGCAGUGCCAUAACUCACAUUGCUACCAUUCCUUCAAUUGUCCGCCACACACCAGGCACCGUGCCGGAAGAUCCUUUUGGUAUCGGAAAUGCUGAAUUUAAUGCUGGCCAAAAGCAAUCCAAGUACGGAUACUCAAUACUUGAGCUUUACGAGCUUAUUCGGCCCAUUACACUUGAAGAGAUGAAGCAGACGUGGAGAAUGGGCGCGCCAAUGGGAUGGUGCUACUUGAAAGAGGGAAUGUGGAAUGAUAGAUGGGGAGACGAGGAGGGAAGAUCAGACCGAGUCAAAAGAAUUUUUUAA